AUGCAAGAAAAUGUGGUAUUGCAGAUAUCAGCAUGUUUUAUAAAUGAUUUGGCAUUGGCGUGGAUUCACGAACGUGUGCCCACAAACGUACCACCACUGCCCGAUCUAUGGUUCAGUUUCCUUCCUGAGAUAAAUGGUGCAAUUCUUAUUACUGAAUGUAUUAUGAUAUUUCUACUUAUCAACACAUUCAUCAUUAUAUUUCUACAUCAGUACAAGUUGAUUGUUACCACGAGGGUAUUUUUUUGCGCCGCUUUAUGUUAUACAUUCCGAGCAUUAUGUAUAACUAUUUUACAGGUCCCUGUUCCAAGUGUUCAUACUUACUGCGCUCCAAAAUUGGGAUCUGACCUAGGGAUUAUUUUGCAAAGAAUACAAAAAAUCUUCUGGUCCCUCGGCAUUGAACAACUAAGAUCACGGGAAUUAUGUGGCGAUUUAAUUGUUUCUGGUCAUACAAUUUCCAUAUUCAUCGCUCUCUGCACAUUUAAGCAAUAUGCACCGCGUCGAAUCGCAUUCCUAACUUAUAUUUAUACAGUUUGCGCUAUUAUUGCUAGUGCUUGCAUAUUAUUAGCCAGGAAACAUUACACGUUUGAUGUUUUACUUGGAUAUCUCACAGCUACACGAGUUUUUUGGACAUAUCAUUCGUUACAGAAUUCUUAUCAAAAAGGUGAAUUUGAUGAAAACGCUUUAAAUCAAUCGUUUUGGUCAUUUGUGAUACCAUAUAUAGAAAAAGAUGUAUCACCUUUACAUCCAUUAACGAACCGAUUAAUAUGGCCUUUUAACUGUUCUCGAAGAUCGCAUAGAUAUUAUUAG